CUCGCCCUUCAAGUUGUGAAGUGUGCAACCUUCGAAGUCUACCGUCUUUAUAGGCUUACACACAUGAUACCUAUUUUACAAUUAAAUAUAAAACUAACCAUUUGCAUCCAUGAUGCUAAACACUGGGUACAGUUAAAAUCUUGAAUUGAAGUGAAGAUAGGAUGAAAUAAAACGGGAUCAGAUCAGACCAUAAUUGAUCAUAUUUUCAGAGAGAAACACAUAAGAGGAAGAUUGAAGAGCACUAAAAAAUGUUUGAUCAUGACAGAAAAGAACACAAUAUAAUGAAUUAGGAAUAGUUUUUCCUCUUUAUUCCACUUAUUCUCUUUCACGGGCUUCACUUUUCACAGUAAGAACUUUUCAUUAGGUGUCAUAAUUAACCAAUUAUUUAUUUAUGUAACUAAACUAAACAACAAUUACGUAUAAUUUAUAUCUUAUAUUAUUAAAUAUGAUGAUUCAUUUUUUUGGAAUUUGGCCGUUAUCUACUGGGACAACUGUAUAUUGGUGGUUUCUUGAAAAACAACUACAAUGAAGUGGUCUAUAAAUUAACUGAUUUCCUUUACUUUAGUUUACAAGACUAAACACAGCUAAUUUGCUGUUCCCUAACCAGAGCACCUUGUACUGCUUUCUAGGAGAUAACACAGAAACAAUAAACCCAACACAUAUGAUUUAUACCCGCAUGUUUGCAAAAUAAAAAAAAAAGGUUUCCAACACUUAACGUAUAUUAUUGCAAUCCCAAGACAGCUUGAUUAAUGUGGAGCAUAGUAGCUAAAUGAAUAAGCACUAGACCUAAGCAAACAUUAAGAUAAAGUGAAGUUGACCCAGCCCAAAUGUUCUCAUUCCUGCUUUCUGACAGGGCAAUGUGUUGCAAGGAGUGGUUAACAGAGGCUGAAUGUUUUAAGUUUGUCAAAAGGAAACUAUUAAAGAAUGUAGUUUGGUUGGUGGAAGACAUGGCUAAGAAUGCUGAGUAUAGAAACACAAUGAAGCAUGGAAAAGAACUGGCUGGCUGACAUCUACAUGGGAGAGAAUUUCGAAUAACCUCAAACUAAGUCUCCUCAGUCAUUUGAUAACUCAUCUAAAGAGACAUGGCUUUCUGGAUUUUUUUACCCAUCACUCUCAGUGCUGUCUCACUCAUCGGUUGCUGGACAGUGUAUGGACUUGCAUUAAGAUUUAACCACAUCUGCUCCCUCAGGAAUUGGGAAUACAGCAACUCAUGUCUGACAAAUAAAACUGUAACUGGAGGUUGCUGCACAGAAUAUAACAUACCCACCAUAAGUGGAAGUGGAACCCAAUUUCCAGAAAAUUCCCUGUUUAGUGCUACUAUCAACGCAGCUUCAUUUUUAUUUGUGAUUUUCAGUAUUUUCCAUUAUGCACAUAUCCUGAAGAAGUGCACUGUGCACCGCUUCUUCAGUAAGUCUGCCAUGGUAUUUGGUUGUCUAGCUGGUGUUGGUGCCUUUGUUGCUGGAAACUGCAAUCCAGGAGAGCUGAUGUUUUUGCAUUACCUGGGUUCUGCUUUGAGCUUUGUGUGUAUCUGCUUCUACACAGUGCUGCUCACAUUUUUGACAAGCACAUGCAUACUAACUGGACUAGAGCGCUUCCUCUACCCAGUUCGCAUCGUGUUCUCCAUCGUCCAGGUCACACUAACCAUCCUCUACUGCAUCUUUUUUACUCAAAAGGAUUUCUACUACAGGCACAUCUCUGCUAUAUUUGAGUGGACUCUCAGCAUGAACCUUGAGCUCUUCGAACUCAGUUAUGCUGUGGAGUUUUAUUUCUUCUCCUCUUCAAUGCUUUCAGUACUUCUCUCAAACAGGGAUGAAGAGAACACUAUGAUCUUAUCCUGAUGGCUGACUUGUUAGCCGUGCCCUUCCUUAGCAACAAAUCUUUAUUUCUUACUAGUGUGUAUUCAGACUGUAAAGUUUGUAGGGAUUAUCAGAAAAGCAAACCUGUAAACUGGCUUCUAAUUUAUUGGAUGUGACUCAGGCAUGUAAGCAUAUUUUUGCACAAACCUCAGCCUUGGUUGAAAUUUCAUACCUGAAGUAUUCAGUAAACGUUAAAUAUACGCAGGCUGUAGCCACUAUAGAUAGCUUUUUUAAUCUCAUACCUCCAAAGCUAAACAAUUUUUCUGUAUAUGGUGGGAAUGUAAAUUUUGUCAUGAUUGGAUAAAGCGUAUUUAAUAUAGUUUGAGGAAUCUUGGCAUGUCAGUCAUAUUUAUACAUUGCAAAAUCAAUUCAUAUGCUCUGGAAUGUAAUCUACACAUGACAACACUGUGUGGCUACCAAACUGAAUUCAUUUAAAGACCAAUAAAAUGAAUGGUGGUGUUUGAAUUUUCCAUUGAGCCAUAUAAAGGAUUCAUAUAUGUAAAUAAUUAUAUAAAUAUGUGCUCUUGGUUAAGGGUUUGCCAGUGUAGCUCUACACAUUGGCUUAACGUCAUUAAAUACCGUAACUUGAGAAGAUAUUUAUUACUAGCAGAUCAGUUUUUGGUCAUGUAAAAUGUGAGAAGCUGGACUUGCUUCAGUAAGUUGCAAAUGAGUGUGUGAAUAUGUAUACUUAUCACAUCAGAGUCCCUGGUAUAGACUCCAGAUCUACCACAAGCCUUGCAGGGAUAAAGGAUGAAAGAAUAGACAGUUAACAGAUAAACGGCAUAUUUGGUUAACAGCACUGCUCUCAUAUUCACACCCUAGUAGUAACUUUUGUGCUCAGUGUUUGAGCCACUAAUGCCAAAGUUUAGCACAUAGAAUGAAUUCUUUCGAGGCCAUGAGACCAUUAGGUGUGGUGAACAUAGUAAAACCGUCUAAGCAUUACAUGUUGACAUUAGACAAGACAUUGACGUCACACAAGAUGUUGUUGUUUAAUGCUUGGCAUGUUUUACCAUCAUAUUAGUAUUUAAGCACAGAUCACACAAGAUGUCAAUGUUUAACGCAAGUUUAAACCAUAAUUUCUGUGUUUUUAUUCAUCAGGGCUUAAAUAACAAUUGUGUUCCUCACUGGCUUAUAAACAAACAAACAACAAAUUACUACCUCCUUUUUACUUACACAAUCAUUGAGAGUAAUUAGCAGGUAGGUAUUAUUACUGCAAUACACAAGAUUAGUUUGACUACCUUCAUUAAAGCAGAACUUUUGGCACUAUAGUGUUCUAAAGUACUCCGUCCUUGCUUAAAAAAUAAAAUAAAACAUUGGUCAUUAGUGAAGCAAAUGCUGUGGUACAUUAGCAUGAGAAAGAUUAUAUGGCUGCCUCCAACCAAUUUGAAUUUAUACAGUGAUAAGGAUUGUUUACCAAGAGUGGGUCUCAGAAAACACAGUCCAAAGUCAGAAUGUUUAAUGCACAGGAAGCUAAAUCAUGUGACCUACAGGCCUCUAUAAGCACAUUAAAUGUCAGUAAUAAGUGUAACUAUUAUAGAAGGGUAGACAGAAAAAAGAACUAAAAUAAAAAUGUAUUCACAGUCAUAGCUAAGAUUUUUGGUACAUAAAUGCUUAAUGCCAUAUUUAACAAGAACUAAAUAGUAUUUCCACAUUCCAACUGCUAAGCUUGGACUUGUUUUAAAGCCUCUGGAAUUGGGAAAUGGCAGUCAGUAAGACAACAAUGAACUCAUACCAUAAUAUUCUAGUGUGAAGCCAUCUUUCCACCAGCUUAAGCAAAAACUGGCUCAUGCAACCGGAUAACGAUCACAAGUGCACCAGAACAUUAGCUAAAUACAUUAAAAAUAAAUAAAUAUUUCAAAAUCUAGACCUUCUGGGAUCUUAAGAAAGCCGUGCAUAACUGAAUAAUGCUAAAAAGGUUUUCAGGUUCUUGUUAAAAGUAGUUCUACAGGUUAUUAAACUGCAGGGUGUACUUGUUCUGUGUCCACCUGGUUUCUAAAUGUUGAUUUUCUUGCUGGGG